AUGUCUCGGAGAGCAACUCCGCUGGCGGAUAUGUCUGAUGCCGAUAAUUUCACUGUUGAGAAUGCGACAGACGAGAACGCUUCUGAUGCCAACCUGUCCUCGCUCAAUAUUUCAGACGCAGGUCUGAAUGACAAUGCGACUGAGGAUGUGAACCUUUCGGAUGGCAAUCUCACGAAUAUGUCAGAUGUACAGAAUGAGACCGCCGACAAUUUCACAGCUGAAAAUGUGACGGAUGAUAAUGCUUCAGAUGCCAACAUGACUGGGCUAAAUGAGUCAGACAGCAGUUUGGAUGGCAAUGCAACUGACGAUGUGAACCUCUCGGACGGAAAUCUCACAAAUAUGUCAGAUGCAGGGAAUGAGACCGCCGAUAAUUUCACUGUUGAGAAUGCGACGGACGAGAACGCGUCGGUUGCAAAUUUGACUGGGAUGAACGAGUCAGACAGCAGUUUGGAUGGCAAUUCAACUGAUGUUAAUCUCUCGGAUGACAAUAUCACAAAUAUGUCAGAUACAGGGAAUGAGACCGCCGAUAAUUUCACCGCUGAAAAUGCGACGGACGAUAACGCUUCGGAUGCUAACGUCACUGGGUUCAAUGAGUCGGACACCAAUGCAAGCAGUCUGGAUGAAAAUGCGACUGAGGUGAACUUCUCGGCUGGAAAUGCGACUGAGGAGGUCAACGUCACCGAUGACAAUCUCACGAAUAUGUCAGAUGCUGGAAAUGAGACAGCCGAUAAUGCCACAGCUGAGAAUGCGACGGACGAUAAUUCGUCAGAUGCCAACGUGACCGGACUGAAUGAGUCAAAUGCGAGUAGCUUGGAUGACAAUGCGACUGGGGAGGUGAACGUCUCGGAUGACAAUCUCACUAACAUGUCAGAUGCAGGAAAUGAGACCGCCGAUAAUCUCACAGCCGAGAAUGGGACGGACGAUAACGCCUCGUAUGGCAAUGAGACUGAGGAAGCGAACGUCUCGGACGGCAACCUCACGAAUACGUCAUACGAAGGAAACGAGACUGCUGAUAAUCUAGCUCUCAGAAUGCGACCGACGCGAACGCCUCCGAUGACAAUGCGACAUGGGAAGUUAACGGCUCGGAUGAGAAUUCCACAAAUACGUCAGAUGCAGGAAAUGAGACCAUUGAGAAUUUCACAGAUGAGAAUGUGA